CGUGAAUCUUCCAGAGGCUCAGCAUUCUUGGGUUCCUUGUUGUCCAUUUUGCACUCUCUCCACGGGGUAAACCGCAGCCAUGGACGAUGGAGACGACCAAUUUAAUCUCUUUAUGUAUCUGUUUAACAACACGGAGACGACUGACCAAAGCUACGUGGUCAGUGAAACUGUCCAGCUCUGUGACAAGAAAGGUGUCAAUGAAUUUGGUGCAAAAUUCAUCCCAGUUUUCUACUACGUCAAUUUCCUCUUGAGUUACCUUGGCAACGGGCUUGUCCUCUUCAUCAUCUACAAGUAUGAGAAGCUCAGCACAGUGACAAACAUCUUCCUCCUGAAUUUGGUCCUGUCCAAUAUCCUGUUUGCCGCCAGCCUCCCCUUCUGGGCCACGUACCAUCUAUCUGAGUGGAUGUUUGGAAAUGCCCUGUGUAAGAUGGUCAGCAGUGCCUACUUCAUUGGUUUCUACAGUUCCAUCCUCUUCCUUACACUUAUGACAUUUGACAGAUACCUAGCAGUGGUGCAUGCAGUGGCAGCUGCCAAGAGCAGGAAAAAGCUAUAUGCUAUCAUUGCAUCUGUGAUCGUUUGGUGCAUCAGUGUUGCAGCGAGCGUCAAAGAGCUGGUUCUUCGAAACGUCUGGAAGCACGCUGUCACUGGACUGAUGUGCGAGGAGUCCGGAUUCUCAGAUGUCACCAUGAAGCACUGGCAUCUUUUCAGUUACUACCAGCAAUUUCUGCUCUUCUUUCUUCUCCCCCUGUUCAUGGUGAUGUACUGCUACAUCAGCAUCACCAUACGCAUCAUGUCCACCCGCAUGAAAGAGAAGUGCCGUGCCAUAAAGCUCAUAUUUGUCAUCAUCUUCACCUUCUUCGCCUGCUGGACUCCAUAUAAUAUCGUCAUCCUUCUUCGAGCGAUACAGAUCUCCAGUUCCAUUGAAGAGUCGUGUUCUAGCGCAGAAAGCUUGGACUAUGCACUUUAUGUGACCCGAAACAUCGCCUAUUUGUAUUGUUGCAUUAGUCCUGUGUUUUACACCUUUCUAGGAAAGAAGUUUCAGAGCCACUUCAAGAGGCUGGUGGGUAAGAAGAUUCCUUGUUUGAAGAGACACAUUAGCAUCAAUAGCCAGAGCACCAGGACAACGUCACAGCGGACACCACACUCUUUAUAUGAGUACUAAACACCCACAUGUGUGUUGGUCUAUUGUUGUAACGUCUCUCGCUGAUGCGUUCUUUAGGCCAUCUGUCACCAAUGUAACUGGCAAAGGUCCGAGAUGAUUGCUACAAUCAUUUUGUUACAUCCCUACAUUCCAUUUUUCAGUAAUGCAGUAAUGUAACAUUUUACUGUAGCAAAUUCAGUAAUUACAUUAGUUACAAUUAUGUUGUUACUUACAAAGGUUCUUCACUUGUCUAAGUAAGUACAAGUUGGUUUUUCCAGCACAUUUCACAGACAGAUGUCAGAUCUGUGCACCAAGCAGAUACAAAAACAAAAUCUGUUUCAUCUUUAUAUGUUUUUUUCUUCCUGCUACUUGAACAACUGAUUUCAGUUCAUGUGCGAGUGGAGGAAAAUGCUGGAGCUUUUGGGAAACGUGAACAUUUAUUUUUCUUGUAUAAUAGCGUGGUAGCACAGUGCAAACUGCAUCCAGGGCAGAAAAAAACUCUUUAUACUGCUAACACAACUUUGGCUCAAUCAUCGGCUCAGACAGCAUGCUAAUGCAACGCUAGCAGAGGGAUUUUAAAGCCGAGUCUUUGCCAACCCAAGCUCAGCAGACAGAACUUGAACUGCAACAGGUACCAAAAAGUGAUUAGCAGUCAAACUUCCAGUGUCCUGUGGCGACCGCUUUGAACUCUGGUUUCAUCUUUGCUUUGUGUUCAUAUGUAAAUACUAGAAAGAAAUCAUAUAGGUAGCCUAAUGUGCAACGAAUCCUUCUCUUAUUAAACAUAAACAUUGUAGAAAUACUGCUGAAGUGUACUUUUAUUUGAUACAAUUAUUAGGCUACUUAAAAUCAUAUUGCCUUGAAUUAUAAUGCAUGUGAAACUUUGAUAUUCUGAAUCUUUGUUUGAGGAAAAGUUUUAUAACUGGAUAAUCUAACGUUUUAAUCUAAUAGUCUUCACUCCACACGGCUCUCAACAGAUGAUCAGUGUUUGUUAUUAUCAGUUUUCCCUGAUAAUAGUUGACUUAAAAUACUCGUCUCCUGCUGCGCCGCUCUGUCAGAUUACGUUUUAAACCUGCUUCAUGUUUGUCAACUGAAAUCAUCCAAUAAUGUUCUAUUUGUGUUAACAUGUAUUAGACUCAUAUUCAAGAACAGCUAUGUUAUUACUUUUGGUGUGCAUACUUCCUGUGUUACGUUACAGCUAUAUCUACCAUAGCCAUGCUGUAGAAUUAUGAUUAUGUGUUGCCGAAAUGAAACAACU